AUGAAUACAAUGAAAUUCAUGAUUAAAACUUCAUUUGGUUUAUUUAUUUUACUUGUUUUGGUUGAUGCAGAUGUUGGAAAGUCAAAUAUUAAUUUUAAUGAGCAAUGUCAGGCUCUCAAAUGUAAUCCAUCGACAGAAAUCUGUCGUAUAAAUCCAAAAUGUGAUGAUAGUAAUCAAGAUGAUGAAUCAAAAUGUGUUUAUUGUGUUUUAAAAAAUGAUCAAAAUCAAAAUAUGGUUUCUAAAACUUUACUUGCUUCAUCAAUCGCACAACAACAACAACAACAACAACAACCAUUAGCACCUCGUUUGUUAGCAAAAUCAGGUGGUACAAGAUUAUUAGCUGAUAAUCGUGGUGGUCCAUUGUCACCUUCUACUACAGGUGCAACAUCAAUCUCAAAUAAUAAAAAUAAAACAUCUGACGAAUUAUCCUAUGAUGAUUAUUAUGAAUAUGAUGAAGAUGAAACAUCAGAUAAAAAUGAAUUUGGUGAAGAAGAUGAAUAUCUUGAUGAUUAUGCCGAACCAUUAGAUUCUGUUGUUCAAGGACUAGAACCCAUUCGUAAAUUGGGUGUUUGUCCGAAAGUUGUUGAAGCCAUUGGUGAUUGUGAUCCAUCGAAAAUUAUUCAAUCGGAUUGUCGUUUUGAUACUGAUUGUCCGGGUGAUCAUAAAUGCUGUGAAGCAGCAUGUGGAAAACGUAUUUGUAAUUCACCUAUUACAACAAGCAUUUCUGUUUGUCCACCGUCAUUUACAUGUACACUUAAUUGUCAUCUUGGAUAUCGAACUGAUUCUAAUGGAUGCCUUUUAUGUGAAUGUCAAUCAUGUCCAUCAAUGGACCAAUGCAAUAAAAAUUGUCCAUCUGGAUAUUUAAAAGAUUUAUUUGGUUGUGAUAUGUGUGAAUGUAGUGAUCAAUGUCCACCAUUUUCUUGUGGUAUUCUUUGUCCAGCUGAUGUUGGUUUUGAAAAAUCUCCUGAUGGUUGUCCAUUAUGUCAAUGUGCGACCACAAAAUCAAAACCAACAGAAUAUACAUCGUCUUGUCAAAGUGAUGUUCAUUGUCCGCCAGGUUUCCGAUGUCUUAAUGAUGCACGUAAUGUGCCUAUGUGUCAAGCAGUCUCUGACCCUUCUAAUGCACCAUCAUCACCAACAAAAGAAUGUCCACUAUAUAAAUGUGUAGCUGAUUGUGGAGAAGCAGGUUAUGUAUUUGAUGAAAAUGGUUGUCGAACAUGUAAAUGUGCAUCAAAAACUGAUAAAGAUGCUGUGUUAAAACCAUACGUUGAAUGUUCACGUGUAAUGUGUCGUAUGUAUUGUGUUCAUGGUUUUAGUCGUAAUGAAAAUGGAUGCGAAAUUUGUAAAUGUAAUGAUUCUCCACAGCCAUGUCCUCGAUACAAGUGUGAAAAAACAUGUUCAAAUGGUUAUCGAAAAGAUUAUAGUGGUUGUCAAACAUGUCAAUGUGAAUGUCCACCAUUCAAUUGUACAAAAACUUGUACAAAAGGUGUUAAAAAAGAUGAAAAUGGUUGUCCAAUGUGUUCAUGUGUAGAUGAUGAAACAAAACCAACAAUUGAUGAUGGCUGUUCACCAAUGAAAUGUAAUUUAGAUUGUAAAUAUGGUUUUGAACGUGAUCGAUCUGGUUGUCAAAUAUGUUCAUGUAAUCGUUGCCCAUUACAUAUGUGUCGAAUGUUCUGUAUGUAUGGUUUUAAAAAAAAUAGUGAUGGAUGUGAUGUAUGUGAAUGUGAUUGGUCACCUGUUUCAGAAAAUAUUCAAUGUAGUACGAGAAUUCCAUGUACGGGUAAUCGUGUAUGUAAUUUAAAUUUGAAAUUAUGUGAAUUAGUAAGUGCGGAUAAAGUGAACUGGUUUGUUUACGAUUUUGAUAUUGAAACUGAAUUUUUCAAUGAUCCAAAAUUUGUUAAUGCGUUUAAAAAUGGUUUAAUUAAUAAUAUUGCAACGAAAUAUAAUUUGGAACCAACACAAAUAACUGUAUCAUCAGUUGAACAUAAUGGUAUGACAUCAUUUCAAAUAAUGCCAUUUUAUGUUGAAGAUAUGGAUGAUUUUCAAAAGAAAAUGGAUCAAAUCGAUAUUGAUUUAAAUUCACAUGAAUUUCGUGCAGUUUUACCAGCUGUUGCACGUGCAAUAGGAAAAGAUACGAAUCAUACACACGAUUCAAAAUGGAAUCAUUAUGUUAAAAAGAAUCCACUUUUUACAUUGUAUGUCGCUGGUGUUUUACUUGGACUUGUUGGAAUUAUUAUUGCUGUCGUAUUUAUUCUUCUAUUCCGUCAACGUGUCAAGUAUCCCGGUCGUUCAGAAUCUAAAACACCUAUAUAUGAUACAUCGUAUCAUCCAGCACCAACAGACGAUGAUCUGUAUCAUGCUGUGCAUGCACCAGAUGGUACAGCAUAUGUUGUCGUUGAAAGUGAAGAUAUUCAAGCAACCAACGAUAAACGAGCGCUUGUUUAA